AUGUGCUCUUUGGGCUGGUUGGUGCGCAACAAUAAGAAGGUUCUCGUCUAAUAUGUUAAUUGUCUUAUGCAGAUAAUGGAAAUUUGCCGCAGUAUUCUCGGUCCGACUUUCUUUCAGAAAUUAAUGAAGGCCACAAUAUAUGGACACUUCGUUGCUGGUGAAGAUCGUGAACAAAUAAUGCCUCUUAUCCGCCGAUACAGAAAGUAUGGUGUGAAAUCUAUCCUUGAUUAUAGUGUCGAAAAGGAUAUUCCCGAGUCCGAAGCUGUUAAAAAAGUCAAGUAAUUGUUUAAAACCGUUUGUUCAUGUAAAGCUCUAAUCAUAAUGUCCAACAAAUUUAAAUUCAUCCUCAAUAUUUUAGACUUAUUUGGAAACUCCACGUCUGCACAUUGUAUGUUUAUUUUCAGAGAGUCCCUCGAAGUUAUCGACACACCGAAAGCCAUGGAGGCAGCUGCUAGCAAACAGUUUCAGCCGAGUCUUCAGUUUGCAGACCGCUCGAAGCACGUUUUCUCGGCUCGAACCUACUUCUAUGAGUCUGAAGCGCAAUGCGACGAAAAUAUGCGCACAUUUAUGCGGUGCAUCGAUGCUGCUACACAGAUGGCUCCAACCGAGGGCUUUUCGGCAA